ACUAAUUUCAAAGUAGUCUUUGAAUUGAAAAACAGGACUCUGGCCACUGCAGUGCACUGCCAACCCUCAAAGAAACACUGUUGUGUCUGAGCCACGAAGACGUCAUGAAUGCAUGAUAUUUCUCUGCCAGGUGUGUCUGCAGCAGAUUUGGGUGGACCUGAGCUGGCCAGUCUGGGCCAAGCUGUUCGAGAUCUGAAGAGAGAAAAGAGCAGAGCACUUGGUGCCUUGUCUGGAAAAAGAGACAGAACUCUUGGACCUGAAACACCAGUUGGAAGAGGUAGUAUUCUUGGUCCUACUGCGGCUGAACGACAGACAGGAGGAGAGGUCAGAGGUCUCGAUCAUGUAGUUCAGUCAUCAAGUCUCGGAUCUACAACAUCCCUCCAUACACAGAGUAGAAAUCUUGGCCUGGCUGUUUCACAAGCACAAGGAGGAGAAAGUUAUGAGCCUACGGUCCUGAAAGGAAAGAGCACCAUGAGUCAUGGAGCCACAGUGGCAGCUGGAGGGGGAAGACAGCAGCUGCCUCUUAAAAAAGACAACACCCGACAUCUGAGCUCGGCGUCCUCUCAGGUACAGAGUGCCAGAGACUAUGAGUCAUCGAUUCGACAAAAUCAGCGAGCCCCAGACUGUGGAUCCAUUCGCGAUUUGUCAGAUGUGUUAGAAAUCAGUCACGAUGAGGUUUUGGGGUCAGAAACACAGAGGAGUCAGAGUGUAGUGGCCCAGCCUCACCUUGGUAAAGACAGCAGACAUCUUGGACGCACAACUCCACAAACACAGGGAGAGCAAACCUAUCCACUGCCUCUUCCACAAACUCGAGAUGUCAGAGGAAACAUAUUCUCUCUUCCAAAGGGUCAGGGGAGCAGAAACUAUUUAUCUACCGUAGCAGACAGGCAGGGUGUCCGAGACCUCGGGCUUGUGACCAAAGAUGCAAAUGGGCUUAGAAGCCGUGGGACCGUUGCCGUGGAAAACCGUGGUCAUGGUUCUCUAAAUCUUCACGCACAAGCGAGGGGGAGCUACGGACCUGUGAUCCCACGUGCAGGUGGAACGCAGAGUUUAGGCAUCGCCUCAGUGGAAGGGCAGAAAGCUAAAGGUUUAACUGCUGAUGGUCAGGAAGCAGCGCACCUUUAUCAUGCUGAACAUGAUGUCAAAGAGCCAAAAGCUCUUAGUAUCCCAGGGCAGACUGACAGGAAUAACCAGGCAACACGUUAUAUUGGUGGAGCAGGAAACUAUCUGGGAGCAAACCUGGGCCCUGGGGGCUAUGGAGCAGGUUUGGGACAGGGAGCGUACCUGGGUGGUGCUGCUGGCAAACUUGGAGCUGCUGCUGCGCUCGGACAGGGUGCGUAUCCUCAGGGUGUUGCGGGGAAGUCAACUGGCUACGGCGAGGGAGCGGCCGGAUACCUGGGUGCUGGAGCAGGCAAUGGCUACGGUGGAGAUGGUACAAGAGCUUUGUCUACAGGUUACGGGAACGGCUACAGCGAUGGAUAUGGAGCCGGGCUUGGUUACCCUGCAGAGUUAGCUGAUGGUGCUGAGGGCAAAGCAGGGAAAGGGAAGCAUGAAGCCCUCAAUACAGGAGGCUACGCUGGACAGGUCCAGGGGGCAUUUGGAGCACUUGGUGCAGGACUGGAAUCAACUGGUGGCAAAUAUGGAGGAGCUGCUAAGGUUCCUUACGGUAACGCUCCAGUGAUUCCUACCGGACUGGAAGGUGAGGGGGGGUACCCGUAUGGUGCUCAGCAUCUCAGCCUCAGUGCUGAAGGUGCCAAAACCUCCAACAAAUACGGAGCUGGUGCAGGAUACGGAGCCCAGCAAACAGGUUAUGGUGCACAGCUGGGAGCGACUCAGGAUGCCCUGGGAGAGCAGGUUGGCAAAUAUGGUGGAGUGAACGGUGCCUUUGGAAAUGGGUACAAAGGCUAACUCAAACGACCUGAAAUCCUUCAAGUGGAUCAUUUCCAUAAUGUGUUCACUGUAAUGUGUGCUUUUCUGUGUGUUUCACUUUAUUUUUUCCUGGUGUGUUGUUUCUUCCUAACCCCCUUGUCUUUCUCUACAAGUGGACAUUUGUUAGCCUCGUCUGUGUGUCUGUCCGUGUCGUUGGUUGAAAACCUGCAGUGCCCCACCUGUCUUAUUCUGUCGAAGCUGAAAAAUGGGUGGUGAACAUAAACAGAUGAUAAGUGCUAGAGAAUCGUGCCUAUGUUUUAAAAUGAAUUUUUAUAUUUACUGUUUCAGUCCAAUAAAUUAUAUGUCAACUGAUGCUGAA